GUUUUAUACAGCAGCAACGUGACAGCUCACAGCUCACUGCAUGGUACUAGUACCGGUAUGGUACCACCGUUACUGCAAACGUUGCCUCGCUUCCGUGAUCUCGUGAUCUUGUACCGGUAUGGCAUACGGUACCUCACCACUGUAUGCAGUUUUCCAGGCUCACCUCCAAGUCCAAAUUCGUCCGAAGCCGUUUAUUUCAACUCUCCGAGUAAUCUCCAAACUUCCAAAGUUCAAGGAAGGAGCAACUUUGACACUAAGUCUUUGACUAUUGCUUCUACACAAAAGUUCAGCGAGGUUAUCGAUUCGAUUCCUACAAUUUUGUGCAGCUGCGGAGUUCUGGCCGAGUAGUAUUACAAAACCUAGAAAGAACCAAGCACCUGUUCCAACUUCUUCCAUCCACUAAAAGCAAAAUGGCAAACCUCAUUACAAAGCACGAUCCUUACCAUCUUCACAAGAUCCUUGGGCUCUUUGUCCUGAUCAACUACAUCUACCGCUUCUUCCUUGCCUUUCGAUAUGGCACAGCUUUUCCCAAAGAUGAACCACUCUGGAUAUCCACGCUCUCUGUGGUCCUACAUGGCGCUCUUUCCUGGUCGUCACUGUUGCUGCCAUUACCAGUGACUAGAAAUUUCAACUCUCCGAUGAUUUGGCCCGAAUUCCGACUCCAUUCGAUUGCAUUCGGCAGCCGACAUGUGAUCACAACAGUCUUGUCUCUCAACAACCUUUGGCCUCAAAAUUUGUGGCCCCAUGCACUUGCUCGUGCUGUCAUUGUGGUAGGGACCAUCCAGGUCGCAUCCAUCAUUACUGAGAAGUGGGGCUGUCGAGAAAAGAGAACCACAAAUGCCAUGCCAUACCCCAAAUCAGUGAGUCCGGAGCAAGAGCAGGAGGUCAAAUCUGGGUACACACGAGCCCAGUUUUCCGCUACCAAGGCGUGCCAGUUGCCGGAUGCUACCAUGAACUUUGCUCCCUUGCUGGGGAUUCAAAUGGCGCCCUUGCUCAUGACGCUCGUGAGAAAAGGCAAGGCCACAAGUUACACCUAUCAUCGAGUGUACUCGGCAAGUCUGUUCCUGGGAUACGUUAUGGUCUUCAUCCGAAUGAUCAUGGAGCCCCACCUGGCUGUCGUGGCCUUUGCCGUCAUGAGCUUGCCCACAUCCAAAAUCCGCAAAUACACGUCUCCAGUGGUCUUGGGAGUUGUUCAGGUUUUCUUUAGCAUGAUUGUCUGCCCUCUAGUGAUCAACCCAUUUCUCGAACUGUUCAUCUCGGAUGCCAACCAAGAUCUCAUUUCAAGGCUUGCCUUGAUUGCCGCGGUUGUCACUUGCGCCAGGCAAUGCGAAUACUACAGGCCUCUCUUCAUGGCAACCAAAUCGUCGGAAUCAAAGCAACUGUCCACGUCCAAAGACGCAGGUGGUCUCUCGUUUACCAGUGGCAUUGGCAAUGCCGCCGAGUUUGUGUUCCCCCUUGCCGCCAUACUAUAUGCCGGUGCACCGCAGCUCCUGUCCAUGCUCCAAGAAUACAAUGGACGUGAGCUACAGACUGAGCUCUAACUAGCUAGACGCCUCCUUCUAGAGAGUAACUUGAGUCUGUAAGUCAAAAAUAGAAAAAUACAUUG